AUGGAAGGAAGAAACCCGUUUGGCGGCUUCUUGGGUUCAAAUCAGUGUGCUGAUGACAGCCAGAGCGGGCUUGCAUCAGACGCAGGGCAUGCUGGGAAAUACACGUGUCUGCCCUUGACACGCGUCUGCUGCGUUCCCACGUCCCUGCUCCUUUGGCCCCGCCCCCAAGCAGCCAAAAGAGGCGUGGCUUCAGGGUUUCCAUUCAAAGGCAACGCGCGUCGCCUUCGCCUGCCUUUCCGUUUCUGUCCCGGGAGAAGAAGCAGCUGGAAGAAGAAGCAGAAGCUCCAGACUUCAAGGAAGAUUCUUGAGAGACAUCAGGUGUUGGCCGAGAUGCUGAAGAAGGCUGUGGCCAGCUUUGGCAAGAAGCUGAUCCGCCGGCGGAGGGUGGACCUCUGCUCGCAGGAGACCAAGCUUGCCCGCUGCCUCUCCACCUUGGAUCUGAUCGCCCUCGGUGUAGGCAGCACCCUCGGCGCUGGUGUCUACGUCUUGUCUGGAGAGGUGGCCAAAGACCAGGCGGGCCCCGCCAUUGUGAUCUGCUUCUUCAUCGCUGCCGUCUCCUCGGUUCUGGCUGGCCUGUGCUACGCCGAGUUUGGGGCCCGGGUACCCAAGGCCGGCUCGGCCUACCUGUACAGCUACGUGACUGUUGGGGAGAUAUGGGCCUUCACCACUGGAUGGAACCUCAUCCUCUCCUACAUGAUCGGGACAGCAAGUGUGGCUCGUGCCUGGAGCUCCACGUUUGACCACAUCAUUGGAGGCCACAUCUCCUCAUUCUUCCAGAACCACACGUCCCUGCACUUGGAAAACGUUCUGGCUGAAUAUCCGGAUUUCUUUGCCCUCUCCCUCGUUUUACUGCUCACAGGGUUGUUGUCGUUUGGCGUCAGUGAAUCUGCCCUGGUGAACAAAAUCUUUACAGCCAUCAAUUUGCUGGUCCUCAGUUUUGUCAUCGUGGCCGGUUGCGUGAAGGGAGACGUCAAGAACUGGAGCUUAUCGGAGGCGGAUUUCCAGAACCGCUCUGACAAAUUCAUGGAGCCUGGAAACAAAGCUGGAUUCUUUGGGAAAGGUGGCUUUUUCCCCUUUGGUUUCCAGGGGAUACUGUCAGGUGCAGCCACAUGCUUCUACGCCUUUGUUGGAUUUGACUGCAUUGCCACAACAGGUGAAGAAGCCCGGAACCCGCAGAGGUCCAUCCCGGUCGGCAUCAUUGUCUCCCUCCUCAUCUGCUUUGUGGCCUACUUUGGCGUUUCGGCUUCCUUGACCCUGAUGGUGCCCUAUUUCCUGGUGAACAAGGAAAGCCCGCUGCCUGAUGCCUUCAAGUCAGUGGGCUGGGAGCCGGCCCGCUAUGUGGUCGCCAUUGGCUCGCUCUGCGCCCUUUCCACAAGCUUGCUGGGCUCCAUGUUCCCCAUGCCACGCGUGAUCUACGCCAUGGCGGAGGACGGGCUGCUCUUCCGGUUCCUCUUCCGGGUGCACAGCCGGACCAAGACGCCCUUGGUGGCCACCGUGGUGUCGGGCAUCAUCGCUGCGCUGAUGGCUUUCCUCUUUGAGCUGAAGGACCUGGUCAACCUCAUGUCCAUCGGCACCCUCUUGGCAUACUCCCUCGUGGCCGUUUGCGUGCUCAUCCUCAGAUACCAGCCUGAGAUGAUCAGCAACUCCAGGGAUCUGGAGAUGUUGGAGGUGAAUGGAAGUGAAGAAGAGAAAGUCAUCAUGAACCGUCCAGCCGGCCACAGCCGAACUGCGUUGAAGAAGCUCACCUUGAGGUCCCUUUUCUCCCCCGAGGCAGACACCCCAACACACCUCUCGGGGCGCAUUGUCUACAUCAGCAGUACUGUCAUUUCUAUCAUGAUCACUGCCCUGUGUGGCAUUCUAGCACAAAAAGGGGUGGCUCUCUUGGAAGGUGACAUCGGCUGCAUUGUUGCCUGCGUGGUUCUCCUUGUCAUUUCACUUUUUUUCACCAUUGUCAUCUGGAGGCAGCCGGAAAGCAAGGCGCAGCUCAGUUUCAAGGUGCCUGGCUUGCCACUGCUCCCACUUUUCAGUAUCUUGGUGAACGUCUAUCUCAUGAUGCAACUGGAUGCAGGAACGUGGGUGCGAUUUGCCGUCUGGAUGGCCAUCGGUUUCGCCAUUUAUUUUGGCUACGGGAUCCAACACAGCCAGGAAGGAGAGGCUGCCCGACAGUAUUCUGCCGCUGUCACCAAACCCCUGAAUAGUGCCAGUUCUGACAUGAGCCAGGACAGAGAGAUAUGAGGAAGAGAAGGGGAAUCUUCCUUUGCGCUCACCGUGGGUGCCCUUGAGUUCUUGUCUUGUCACCUCUCCCUUUGCUCCACACUUCAAUGCCAGAAUCCUGGGCAGGGUUAUAUAGUCUCUCCAGCAAGGUAUAGUAAACCUGCAGCCAGGAUCACCCUGCAAGGGAGGUCACUAAUGCCAACAGAGCAGGAAGUGGGCCAGAGCCAAGGGCCCGGCUUUCGCCCUGUGGGCAAGGCUCAGAAAACCAACGCAGGGCUGACCCUAGCACAUAAUCCCAUUUCCAAGGCCUUCCUGCGGGGAGCCAACACCAAGCAGCAAAGCUGCCCAAACAGCCCAAUGUCUGUAUUUAUCUGUUUGGCCAGAAGUUGCCUUUCUUGUCUUAAGACGUACAUGGAUGUGUCAGAUAUCUGUCCAAAACUGGAUCUCAAAACUGUGGGGCUAUAAGCCUUUUUUGUUUGUUUUCCUUUUUAAAAAUAUUGUUUGUAUAUUGUUGUGAGAAACGUUACGUGUUUUGUACAGUUACCACUCCAAAGGAACUUUUUUAAAGGAAAGAAGGAAAGAAAAGAAAAAAAGAUAUAUUUUGAUAUGUUCAACUCACUCCUCUUGUCUGCUGACCGUUUAGUUCCCCACAUAACCCAUUGGAUCCUCAGUGUGAGCUAAUGCCACGGCCUCCACUAAGCUCUACAGAAUUAGUUCAGGUCUUGGGCAAACCCCAGUUUGUUAGUUAAGUCCACUGUGAAGCUGGGGGCAGUGGCCGGCUACAGUUCCAAUCUAGCUUCCGCUGCAAGUUUAUUCAGGGCAAAGUUUUGAAAGUGUCCCCUCUCGCUAACAAGUCUGUUAAUUACAGAUAAAUUUUUAAAGGACGAUAUGGGUUAUGGUGGUUGAAACCAAAGACAUACAUGCUUAAAAUUGAAUAUUUAUUGGCCUUGAAAUCUUAAAUCAGUUUUUUGUAACUUACAGUGUAGCAGCAGAACACGGUUAUUGUUGUUUGAUCUGACCUGAACUGCCCAGGUCCCAUUUUGCAGAAUCCUGGGAUUUGUGAAAAUACACUGGAAAUCUCUGCUGGAGAUUCCUCCAAUUGCAUAUUGCAGGACUAAAUUCCUUCUUCCAAGCUAAAAUCCCAGAGUUCUGUAGGGCAUAGCCAUGACAGUGGUAUGAACUGGGAAAUGUUGCAAUGCAGACGCCUUCCCAUACAACUAUCACUGUUGCAAAGUUUCAGGCCAUUCGCUGGUUGGCAGCCAUCCCUGAUGAAAUUGUGUUCCUGGGGCAUGUCGUCACGCAUAAAAGGGGCUAUGCUUUAUUCUCUAGAAGGGGACAACUUCUUGUGAGACACUACUAUAGGUCAAACACAUUCUUAGAUCCCUCUUUUUUGCAUAUACGUAGCGAUAAUACACAGCCACCAAAGCAGGAGGGCAUUUGCACAUCUGGAGCAAAUGAGGCUUUUGGUGACUCCUGAUUUUUUGAGGGACAUGAGUUCACAGAGCAAGGUGGAAGCGAGCUUUAAGGUUCGGUUCUGCCAGCACUUCUCAGGUCAAAACAUUUAAAUGUCAGCUUGCCCUACUUUGGGUAUGCAGAUUAUACUCUGUUAUUGAGCAAUCCUAUUCUGGCAGCUCAUAAAAAACAGAGCAAAUGAGGAAAAUUAUGCUACUGGUAAAGAGGUAUUUGUGGGGCUGUUCUUUCUUCAUCACACUUGUAAAGGGAUGCUCUCUUAGAACAGAUUCUGGGGUGGGUGGGGCUUUUUUUGGCUUGAGCCAAUCACCUCCUCUCUUUUUUUCUCCAGAAAGAAAUAGCCUCUAUAGAUUAGUAGCACCUUGUUGUUGGAUGCUAUUGAACAAGAGCUCCAUGCUGCUGCUUGGGAAUCUGUAUUUGAGGUCCCCUCCAUCUCACUUUAGUUUUUCUUAUAAAACCAAAUUUCAGGUGCUAAGGCAUCUAUGGCCUUGCAGAUAGUGGACUGCAACUCCCAGCAUUCUUCACCACUGGCUCUAGAGCUAAUGAAAAUUUCAGUCUAGGAGGAUAUAGAGGGUUGCAUGGUUCCCACCCUUGUGCUAAGACAUAUCAAAACAGAUUUCAAAGCUUUUCCAAGUAGUCCCAGAAAACGCGAAUUUAGAUCCAAAGCUGAAGGUCACAGCUAUUAGGGGUGGACAUGGCUUAAGUUGGGUUGAAGAAAUAUAGCAUAUGUAAACAUAUAUACAUAUAUAGAGAGAGCAGUAGUUCCCAACCUGUGGUCCAUGGAACCAAAAUAUGUUCCACAGCCUCAGUGUUACUACACCGUUGCCUCGAAAGGGUUAUGAAUCAGUUUUUGGUCAACUUUAGAUUUGGUUUGCUUAUUUGGGGUGCCGAUUCAGAAAACUGCAUUGGAUAGACCACAUCAGCUCUAGAUUAUGAAAUAUGGUUUUCUGUGGGUGAGCAGAUAGCAACUACUGGAUGGCAUAUGUUCUGUAUCAGAAACUAGAGCUGAUGUGGUCUAUCCAGUGCAAUUUUCUGAAUCAGCACCCCAAAGAACGAAACCAAAUCUAAAGUUGACCAAAAACUGAUUUAUAACCCUUUUGGUACUAAUGUUGGAGAGUGGUCCCUCGUCAAAAAAAGGUUGGGAAUCACAGAUAGAUUGAUAGAUAGACAGACUGAAGGCAAAACUCGGGUGAAUAUGCCCACUUGCUUUUACAAGAUGGCUGGUAUUGUAAGGCAGUCAAUAAUGAUGAAUCCUGAUGAACUUCUAGAGAAAGUGAGUCCUAGAAUGAGUCUCAUGCUGCUGGGCAGAAACAAGAAAUGUGGGCAGUAAUACAUUUAAGGUGGCAUCCCUGGAGUAUUUCAUCAGAUUACACAUAACUGGAGCCAGAGGAAUCUUACAGGAUCAUCCACUUAGCCAGCGCCCCAAGCACAAUGACGGCAUGGCUGCCAGAUCCUUAUCUGCUGUAAAUCAGUUCUGACAGAAUAGACUGCAGAUUAAAUUAAUAAAGAACCACUGGCUCCAGGCUUGGGGUGGAGGAUGUUUUAUGAAAGGAAGAAUGCCUUCUCCCACACUUUUUCCCAGCCAGAAAAAAACCCACCUGAAAUACAAAGUUUUCUUUCCAGUUUGCUCAGCUCUUGCUUCUUUUUCGACUAUACUGAAUUCAAAAUACACCGUAUUGUGUAAAAACUGAGGGAUGUGCUUACUGAAAGCGUAACCCCACCAAACUAAAAUGUUAAGCAGACACACCCACUUUUUAAAGCAUCUAGCGAGAAGGGAGGUACUUGCUCAACUUGACUUUUCCCAAACGGUUAGCUGCCAAGGAAAAAUCAUUUUUGGGCUUCCAAGCAAAGCCAUAUGAUGUUUACAUGCAGACAAACUCCAAAGAGAGGCCCGUGGCAAGGAUCUCUCAAGGCUGAACCCGUGCCAAACCCCUCCUUCGCACAGAAAUCUUUCAAAGCCUCUUAACCAAGCUCUGGUCUAGUCCUGUGACUCAAUGCUUAAGUUGGUCACAAGAUGCUCGGAGACACAAGCAGGAGGCAAAAGCUCCAUACCGAUGGAUGCAUUUCAUGUUUCCUUCUUUGUGGAUGGAAAGGAGGGUUGCAUGACAUUGAAAACCUUGGAGCUCUAGGAUAUGGAAGUAGACUUCUUGUAACAGAACAUCACUGUUUCCAAUGUGAAAGUCCAUAUGUGAAUAAGUUAUCUGUAACUUGAAUGUGGCAUCUUGUUCAACUUGUGGGACCAAAUAAAAAAGUAUUGCAACA